CCGCUACGCGUUCGCUACCGCCGUUGCGCCGCCUCGAUGGAUUCGGUCGUCGUCCUUGGAUACUUCUCCCUGGCUCCGCUUCCUUGGAUGGGCGCCGCACCAUGGCCGGUGAAAGUCCGCCGCCGCUCCCUCCGAUCCCUCCCUCUGCUCAAUCAGCAGCCCCUCCCUCCCUCCGCUCCACUUCUCCCACCAUGGCCAAGCUCACGCCGUCCCUUCAGCAGCAGAUCGGAGAGGAGGUCCCGGCGGCCAGCGAUGUUCUUGGGGAUCCUCAACUGCAGGUCGGUGGGGAGCCAAAGAUUUCCAGCGAAAUUCAUGGGAAGCUGCCGAAGAAGAUCCGCAAGAAGCACGUGGAGUUCCGAUUGAAGCAAUAUUUUGGAGUUAAUGCGGGUAAGCACAUCCAAGAAGUCAAGACAGCUAUGGAAGUAUUGUUUACUGAAUAUACAGCUGAGUUUGAAGAAAAUAUGGAAAUUUUGUCACAAGAAGGAAGUGGUGAGGAGGUUGCUUUGGCUGAUAGUUCUCUCUCGGAUUGGCAGGCGCAUAUAAAGCUUAAGGUAGCUAGAUGCCGCAAUGAGCUGCAACAGUACGUUGAAGAAGGGUUCCAUCCUUGUACACCAGAUUUCAACAUCCUUAAGUGGUGGGAUGUGAACUCGGAAAGGUAUCCAAUCCUUGGCAACAUGGCUCGUGAUGUGCUAGCUGUACCAACUUCAACGGUUGCCUCAGAAUCUGCGUUCAGCGCAUGUGGGAGAGUAAUUACAGAUCACGAAGUAGCCUAGCACCUGAAACUGUUGAGGCAUUGAUGUGUUAUGGUGAUUGGAUUAGAUCUCGCAGAUAAGUACCUUUUUCCAGCAUCUACUCUAUUUCAUACAUUUGUAUCGUGUGGCCUAUUUUGACUUGUAUUGCUGCAGAACCUACAAAUGCUGGACAGGAAAACCGCUGUGAAGAACAAAGAGUGGUGGAUCAUCUUGUCUCUGGUACCUUCUUUUUUUUUUUGAACAGGGACAGGGGUCAAAAAGACCCCUACGAAGCUGCAUUGAUAACACGUGGUGGGUACAAAUUUGCAUAGAGGCCCUUUACAACACUCGCCCUAAGAAACCGAGAUUUUGAAGAUAAAGCCUCUAACAUUACAAAAAACACCCCGGCACUAAAAAAGGAAAAGCAAUCGGGUGCUUCGAGUCUCCACCACCAAGCUCGUCGGCAACCUCAAGGCGAUGAACGCCGAAGUAGAAGAGGGGAUCUGAGCUCGCUACGGCCUCUACACCAGCGAGGAACCAACAACGUCGGUCACCACGACGCCUUCGGGGACGAACCACUUGAAGACUCGAGGUAGUCGAGCUCCGACGCAGGGCUCCGACAAAGGCCUCCAAAUCGGAGGUUGAAGAUGAACCGCGGUGCAGGGAUGCACCAAACGGCGCGGAGUGGCCUCCAAUGGCCCCUGAAUCACUUCGGCAAACACGUCCUCCGUGUAUGAACUCCGCAGAGAAGCAGCUUCCGACCUGCAGGAAAGCUUGAGCAGGUCGCAAUUUCCCCUUCUUGCAGCAUGGAAGAACUCGAGAUAGAGCUGCUCCACUUCCUCACCACCACGGCCGGCCAAGGGGAGGGGCCAAGUCUCGAGCUCAGCAUGCUGAAGAAAAACGCACUUAUACCUGGGGCUCGCCUCAGCCUCCUCUGCCACCUUCCUCCAUGGAAGAGCAACAAAGAAGAAGCGCGACAGCUGCUCGCCGG